CCUCACUCACAAGUCACAUCACAAGUUACAACAGCUAUGGACAACAGUGGUACGGCGAACGAUGUUGCCCGGGCUAUUCUCACCGCCCUUGGCUGGAAUUCUUCCUCCGAUGAUCGCAAAUCGGCCAUGUCCUACCUAGAAUCUGUAAAAGCUGGGGAUGUCCGUGUAUUGGCAAGCACAUCAUUUGUUUUAGUUAAGAAAGAGUGGUCUUCUGAAGUUCGUUUGCAUGCAUUUAAAUUGUUGCAGCAUCUAGUGCGGUUACGGUGGGAUGAGCUAACCCCUGAAGAAAGACGAGAGUUUGCAAACGUGUCUAUUGAUUUAAUGAAUGAAAUUGCAAAUAGCUGUGAGGAGUGGGCUCUAAAAAGUCAGACAGCUGCCCUAAUUGCUGAGAUAGUUAGGAGAGAAGGCUUAAGUCUAUGGCAAGAACUUGUACCGUCUCUAGUAUCUCUUUCCAGCUCUGGUCCUACACAUGCUGAGAUGGUGUGUAUGAUGCUAAGGUGGCUUCCGGAAGAUAUCACCGUUCACAAUGAAGACUUAGAAGGUGAUCGGCGUAGACUGUUGUUACGUGGGCUAACUGAAUCUUUGCCUGACAUUUUGCCAUUGUUGUAUACAUUAUUAGAGAGGCACUUUGGAGCUGCCAUGACUGAAGCAGGUCGGCAACAACUUGACAUUGCAAAGCAACAUGCAGCUGCAGUAACAGCUACUCUUAAUGCUAUCAAUGCUUAUGCUGAGUGGGCUCCUCUGCCCUAUCUUUCAAAAUAUGGCACGAUCCAUGGUUGUGGCUUCUUACUCUCUUCUCCCGAUUUCCGGCUUCAUGCGUGCGAGUUUUUCAAGCUUGUGUCCUCAAGGAAGAGACCAGUUGAUGCAGAUUCUGAUUUUGAUUCUGCAAUGAGCAGCAUCCUUGUGAUAUUGAUGAAUGCGUCUACAGACUUUUUGAACAGAUCAGAGUCGGGUUAUGGUGUUAUCAAUGAUAGUGACUAUGAGUUUGCGGAGUGUAUCUGUGAAAGCUUGGUGGCUUUGGGUUCUACAAACUUGCAAUGCAUCACUGGUGAUAAUGAAAGGCUAUCUCUGUAUUUACAGAAGAUGGUGCAGUAUUUCAAACAUUAUAAGCUCGAGCUUCACUAUCAGUCUCUUAUAUUUUGGCUGGCAUUAAUGAGAGAUUUGCUCUCGAAGCCAAAGACUUCAGUUGGAGACGGUUCAGUUGACAAUCUGACAUCUGGUUCAGGGCAGGCUGAUAAUCAGAAGAGAAUGAUCUUACCUUUUGUGAAUGAUGAAAUCUGUAGCAUCAUGUUGGAUAUAUCUUUUCAGAGAAUGCUUAAGAAAGAGAAAGCCAAUCCUGGAAAUGAACUUUCUGGUGGGGCAUUGGAAUUAUGGGGUGAUGAUUUCGAGGGAAAGGGAGAUUUUGGCCAGUAUCGUUCAAAGCUGUUGGAACUCAUUCGACUUAUCGCGUCUUUCAAACCCCUUAUCGCCGUUACAAAGGUUUCUGACACAGUUAUUUUGAUCAUCAAGAACCUUCUGCUUUCUCCACUGCCUUCUGGGAAUUUGGCCAUACUGGAAAGCAUGCAACUUGCUUUGGAGAAUGUUUUGGGAACAGUUUUUGAUGGUCCAAAUGAUGAUAAUGGGAGUGGCUCAGAUGCUCAACUUGCUUCAUGCAGAGUACUUGAAGGUCUACUUCAGCAACUUCUUUCUCUAAAAUGGACGGAACCUGAAUUUGUUGAAGUACUGGGGCACUAUUUAGAGGCACUGGGUCCCUUCUUGAAGUAUUAUGCCGAUGCUGUUGGAAGUGUCAUCAAUAAACUGUUUGAGCUCCUAACCUCAUUGCCAAUUGUUAUGAAGGAUCCUUCAACCAGUAGAGCUAGACAUGCAAGAUUACAAAUUUGCACAUCCUUUAUACGAUUAGCCAAAACUGCUGACAGCCGUCUUUUACCGCACAUGAAGGGCAUAGCAGACACAGUAGCAUAUUUGCAAAAGGAAGGGCAAUUGCUUCGUGGCGAGCAUAAUAUUUUUGGUGAAGCAUUUCUCAUUAUUGCAUCUGCUGCUGGGUCUCAACAGCAGCAAGAAGUUAUGACCUGGUUGCUUGAGCCUUUGAGCAAUCAGUGGACACAACUCGAGUGGCAAAAUUCAUAUUUAUCUGAUCCGGCAGGCCUGGUGAAAUUGUGUGCGGAGACACAGUUUAUGUGGUCAUUAUUCCACACGGUUACAUUCUUUGAGAAAGCACUUAAGAGGAGUGGUGUUAGAAAAGGCAACACUAAUAUUAAUAAUUCUAUAGCAUCUUCUAUUCCAUCACAUCCAUUGGCUUCUCAUCUGCCCUGGAUGCUACCACCUCUUCUGAAACUUCUUCGUGCUAUACAUUCUCUUUGGUCCCCGCCUGUAACUCAAUUGUUACCUGGCCAAAUAAAGGCUGCUAUGAUCAUGAGUGAUUUUGAGCGAACCAGUCUUCUUGGGGAAAGUAACCCUAAAGUGCCCAAGAGUGCAAUUACUUUUGCUGACGGUUUCCACUUGAAUAUGAAAGAUGGAAAUGGUGAACCAAAUGAAAUUGAUAUCAGGAACUGGUUAAAAGGUAUCAGAGAGAGUGGGUAUAAUGUAUUGGGGCUGUCAACAACAGUUGGAGAUUCAUUUUUCAGAUGCACAGAUAUUGAAGCCAUUGACUUGGCACUAAUGGAGAAUAUUGGUUCGAUGGAGUUCAGACAUAUGAGGCAACUUGUUCAUUCAAUUUUGAUACCACUAGUAAAGAAUUGCCCCACAGAGCUGUGGGAUGUAUGGUUGAAAAGGCUCCUAUAUCCGCUGUUUGAAUAUUCUCAUCAGGCUCUGAGAUGCUCAUGGUCUGGUCUCUUGGACGAAGGGAGAGCGAAGGUUCCAGAUCUUCAUGGAAUUUUAGGUGGAUCUGAUUUAAAAGUGGAAGUGAUGGAAGAAAAACUACUUCGAGAUUUAACUCGUGAGAUUUGCUCGCUUCUUUCAGUUUUAGGUUCUCCUGGAUUGAAUUGCGGGCUUCAUUCAGAGCAGUCUGGGCAUGGCAGUCGUAGUGAUGUAUUGGCACCUAAAGAUUCGGAUGUUAUGUCGAGCUCUGUAGUUGGGUUUCUUUUGAAGAACAAGGAUAUUGCCAUUCCUGUUUUACAUUUGUGUUUAGAUGCUUUUAGAUGGACUGAUGGUGAAGCCACUAUUAAGGUUGCAUCCUUUUGCGGAGCCGUUGUUCUUCUGGCUAUCUCGACAGAUAAUGUUGAACUCCGGCAAUUUGUUUGUAAAGAUUUGUUCUCCGCGAUAAUCCAAGGUCUAGCCCUUGAGUCAAAUGCUUUUACCAGUGCCGACCUGGUUGGUCUCUGCCGUGAAAUAUUUGUAAACUUCUGUACGAAAGACCCAGCACCCAGACAAAUUUUGCUCUCUCUUCCUUGCAUUGCACAUCAAGAUCUGGUUGCCUUUGAAGAGGCAUUGGGGAAGACCAGUAGCCCUAAGGAACAAAAACAGCUUAUGAAAAGCUUCUUGUUGGUAGGCACUGGAAACAAGUUGAAAGCCCUUGCUAUUCAAAAAAGUGUGAAUGUAAUCACAAAUGUUGUCGCGAGGCCUCGAAGCUCGGUAUCUGUCCCAGAUUCCAGAACCGAAGACGGAGGUGCAAUCGGGUUGGCUGCAAUUGUGUAACCUUCACAUAUUACCAUGUACAAAGCAAGCUUUAUUCAGUUCCAAAAACACACAAAAAACCACCAGUACCCUUUGAAACAUUAUAAUCCUUACCUUCCCUAAAAUCAUGUUUGCCAGCAAAAUGCUUAAGUAGUAUCAUUAGUUUUCUGUAUCUGGUUUUUAUUAUGUAAUAUUCUUUACUGAUACGUAUUUGACCCGACUAAUCCAUACGAAAACACUGCAAGUUCAAGCC